AUGAUUCAAUAAUCCACAACACUAAAAUCUUCGAAAUAUAUAUAGCAAAAAAAAUGGAGUUAGGAGGUCGUAUUGAUAGAAUGUCACCACUAGUGGUACUAUUAUUCACAUGCAUGGUUACUGUUCUCCAAACCACUUGUGCCCAAGACUCUCCGCAAGACUUCCUCAACGCCCACAACGCGGCGCGCGCGCAGGUCGGUGUGGGGCCAAUCAGAUGGGAUAACACGGUGGCUGAAUACGCGCGUCGAUACGCCAACCAACGCAAGGGUGAUUGUAGUCUGGUGCACUCCCAAGGGCCUUACGGCGAGAACAUAGCAUGGGGAAGACCUGACCUUUCUGGCGUCAACGCCGUGAAGAUGUGGGUGGCGGAGAAGGCCGACUACGAUUACAACUCCAACACAUGCCGCCCUGGGAAGGUUUGUGGACACUACACUCAGGUGGUGUGGCGUAACUCGGUUCGUCUUGGGUGUGCUAAGGUUCGGUGUGAUAAUAAUCGGGGUUCCUUUAUUACCUGCAACUAUGAUCCUCCGGGCAACUGGAAUGGCCAGCGACCUUUUGAUGUGUUAGCAUCGUAUGUUGAGCAAUUCUAACUCGAUCCAUGAUCGAUCAAUAUUGUCAUCGUGUGAUGAUAGUGUUUGAUGAAAAAGGCUAUGCUCUACAAGAUGUGUUUGGCAACACUAGUUUCAUUUUGAUUUUCUGUGUGUGAAGGAGAUUUUCUUAAGAGUUGUUUUGAGAAAAUUCUCAACACUUGUUUGAGAACUUUUCUUUGUUUCUAUUCAGAAACGGAAGACAAGAAUUAAUAAAAGACCAAACGCAUUUUAAGUAUAUAAACAAAAA